AUAUAGAACAAUCUCGAAAUGAUUUAAUUCGUGUUGAAAAUCUUCUAAAAUCAGGUGGAUCAAUUCGUUCAUUUGAAGGUCAAUGUUUAUUAGCUAAAUUAUAUUAUGCUCAAUCACGUUAUGAUGAAUGUUUAACAUAUGUUAAUUUAGCAAUUAAUUCAAUACCAAAUGAUAUUAAUCAAUAA